AUGGGCCUGCGGCUGAUAAUGCGCAAACUGAGGAAGCAACAGCUGGUUCUAAGCGACUAUUUUACAGUGGUGGCUAUUUUAUGCUUGGUGGCACGAUCAGUAUUUGCUAUCGUUGUGGGCCUAUGGGGCAAUAACAACAAUAUGAAACCCGGUCAUCCUUUCACGACGACAGAAAUUUAUCAGCGCGUAGUGGGGAGCAAGCUAACCCUUGCGGAUAGAAUGGUAUAUAACACGUAUUUAUGGAUCCAGAAGUCGAUUGUCCUGCUUUUGUACAACCAGAUAUUUUCCUGUCUGCCUUUCGCAGCUCUCGUUAUCAAGACCUACUGGGUUACCCUUCUAGCUACCUACCUCACGGUGCAGGGAGCUAGCUUUGUCGACUGUCGUCCUAUCCGGCUCUACUGGCAAGUUGUGCCGGACCCUGGACAUUGUACAAGUGCUACUAUCCAACUAUCCACAUUUGUAGCCCUCAACAUGGCCACAGACCUAAUGCUUUUGAUUUUUCCGAUGCCUGCAAUCUUCUCCCUUAAGACCUAUUCCUUGAGACGUCGACUUCAGUUAUUCGCUCUCUUCUCCCUUGGAAUUCUCCUGCUUGUUGUUGCUAUCUUACGUCUCCCCGUAUACAGCAAUGGCACCUCACAAGUUCGUCGGUAUACCUGGGGUUCUGUCGAGCAAUUCGGCGCAGCCCUCUCGCUCACAGCGCAUGAUGUCGCUGCCACAUAG